CUGACAGGUGCCACGCUGCCCCCACGCAACUUACACACGCUCGCGAACACAAUCUUUUGUUUAUAACACUUGUUGGUACUCAAAGUUCAGUGUUUAAGAAAAAUCUUUAAACAGUUUUACUUAGUUUAUUGUACUUAAAAUAAAAUGUGAACAUAUAAAGUGUCGUGAAAGUGUACGGAGAAAAUACCGGCUCCAGCAGUCAUGUCCACAAGUACGAUUUGAAUGCAAAAUUUGCCUCAAAGUACGUUUUCUUACAAUUCCGUGUGGAUUUCUGUGGUGUGAUAACUAGUUAAGAAGUCUUCGUAUUAAGGAGGAGGCGAGCGCUAGGUGUGGGCAGGAUGAUGGACUGCCUAUGCCCUGCGCCGCGCGCGCUUGCCUGCCGCGUCGUUUUGUUGGACGAAAGGGAGCUGCUGCACGAAAUGCAGGACAACAGCACCGGCCAAGCGCUCCUCGACGUGGUGUUUAGGCAUUUAGAUCUUUUAGAAACAGCUUAUUUCGGUCUUCGCUAUGUGGAUCAAGAUAACCAAACGCACUGGUUGGACGCGGGCCGGAAGCUCCGACGCCAGCUUCGUGGCUCCGAUUCGCACACCUUUUACUUCGGAGUCAAAUUCUACGCAGCCGACCCGUGCAAGUUAUUAGAAGAAAUCACCAGGUAUCAAUUAUUCCUUCAGCUGAAGCAGGAUGUCCUUCGCGGUCGCCUGCCAGUGGGUUUCGAGCUCGCCGCAGAACUGGCUGCAUACGUCCUACAAUCCGAGUUGGGUGACUACGAGCCGCGACGGCACGGACCCGGCUACGUGUCUGAGUUCCGUCUACUGGCACACCAGACGCCCGAACUAGAGGCCAGAGCAGUUGAGAUACAUCGCACACUCACUGGCAUCUCCCCAGCACAAGCCGAGCUCAGUUACUUAGACAAAGUGAAAUGGCUGGACAUGUACGGUGUUGACUUACAUCCUGUAUUGGGCGAAGACAGUGUGGAGUACUUUCUGGGCCUGGCGCCAAGUGGCCUGUUGCUUUUACGCGGCAAGCAUACGGUCGCUAACUAUUAUUGGCCGCGCGUCUCUAAACUGUACUACCGAGGACGAUACUUCAUGCUGCGUGUCGCUGACAAAAAUAACGAAACCCUAACUUACGGUUUCGAGUCACCGACACGCGCGGCGUGCCGUCAUCUUUGGCGAUGCUGCUCCGAUCACCACGCGUUCUUCCGUCUACAGCAGACCUCACCAGCAUCCGCAGACAUGUUUGCACUCGGCUCACGGUUAAGAAACAGCGGCAAAGGCGCGCGACCCCGGCCGCCACCCGCCUUUACGAGGACACCGUCGCGGCGCAUUUCGAGGCCUCCCUCCGCUUACUCCUCCUUACUGGAUGUGCCAAAGCUAGAAGACUUGAGAAUAAAAGACUGUCCCCCUGAAGUAAAGCAACCUACCUCAGUGAACCGACCUAAUUCAAUAAGCGGCGAAGGUUUAGUUUACGAAGCGGGAUGCGCUGGUGGUGGUGGUGGCAGUUCCCCGCGCUCUACGAGGUCUGCACCCGCGCGGCGCGGCCUGUACGCCGUCUCGCCAAGCGCCACGCGGCCGCCGCCCGCUCCUCGGCACCGCUCAGCUUCAGUCGACUCCCAGAGCUCCAACGACUCCAGAUCAAACCGCAAACACCGGCACCGGUCGCGACGGCAGCAGUCGGACGCGGAGAGCGAGCUAUCCCGGGGCUCGGGCCGCUCCGGUCGCUCCGGCCGCAGGCACCGACGGCAUCGCUCACGUCAUAAGCACGACUCCGGCUCCGAGAGAGACGACUCACAACCCGACACCAAAGAAUACGAGUUAGUGGAUUCAGAAUCUCAAUGGAAAGAAGUGCUGAGACAAACGAAUGCCGGCAGUGGAGUCCAGGUUGCGAGCGUUCGUCGGUCACAAAUGGAACCUGAAACGGGUACCCAUCGUUCCUCUCAUAGGCCUAGGAGACAUAGGAAACAUCGGUCAAGAUCAGGUUCACCUAAUGAGAAGAAAUGGUUACCCACUGAGCUGAAACAGCAUUUAGAAUUCUCUUUAGUGGAUACAGAGGGGAUGACGGAGGAACAAUUGAAGGAGAUCCCUUAUACGGUUGUCCAAACGAGUCAUGCACGUCAGACUAAGCUCCGGACAUCGUCGAAACAUCGCCAGGGUGAACACGGCUCGUUGUCGAGAAGGGAGAAAAACUCGGGAUCUCUUGUAAAAAGUAACCAAGACAUUCACAACCAAGGGUCGUUAAGGUCAAGUUCCAGCACUUUAAGUACGCACAAAAAUAAUGAUAAACAUGGAAGACGGGCUUAUUCAGGUUACGAAGAGCAACUAUCACGGUCUGGCGACGACUUCCUACAUAACGGCUACAAGGGUCCACCGACGCCGGUGUCAAAUAACAACAAUCCAUACAGCCCCGUCACCAACAGCAAUAGUAACAGUUCCAGCGGGGAACUGAUCUCUGGCAGCGCCCGUGUAUCUCACGAACACACAGAUUCAGGCCUAGGAGCAGAUCAAGACUACGCAUACUCUUCGGAAAGGUCGAGCGACAGCGCGAAGUGUGGCGCUGGGGGCUCCGGUGGCACAGUGCCAGUGAGUAGGCAGUGGACGCUGGGUGCUGGCGCGGGGUGUGUGGGGUACGCGGGACGCGCAGGGGCGGGCACGGGCGCGGGGUUGGCGCGCCGGCCGCCCGCAGCGCCGCGUACGCGCAUGUCCGCCUCUGGCUCUCAGCGUUCGCUGCUAUCGGUGGCCAGCGACAGUGCCACCUCGCGGCGUGCGCGCGACCUCACGCAGCGCUACCCUCACCCCGCAGACAGUGGCUUUUCUCUCUUCAGACAUGCUAGCAACAACAACAUAAUGGUGGGCGAGAGCGGAUCGCUGGCGCGGCGAUACGCGCGGCCGUCGCGAGAGUCGCGGGAGGGGCGCGACUGCAACUCCAACGUGCCGCGCACGCAUGCCCGCCUCGCGCACCACGCGCACGCGCAUGCGCACCACGCGCAUCAUGCGCACGUGCGACACGACAACACUCUCGACAUUAUCUUAAAACCACUCAUUGAGAGCACGCAGCUUCAGAGCAAUUAAAGACAACGGAUGAGUCACUAUCAGGAACAAAGGUGUCUACGUCUAUCGACGUUGGAAAACAAGGAGCUGCAGAAAUGAGUACUGAAUUGUG